CAAUUACGUCUUGAUUUUGACAAUGAACAAAAUAAAAGUUCAGUAAGAAGAAGAAAGCAUUACCUCAAUGAAUAAUUUGAAUCGUACGAUUUUGGUGUGUUUCGAAACUGUUCGUGUUGUUGUUGUGCAAAGAAAAUCAAAUAUCACUCGGAUGGCAAUUGAUCAAUUUGCAAAUUUCAUUUUGAAUGAUGCCGAUCAUCUUAGUCAUUCGUUUAAUAAACAUUGAUUCAAUCGCAUCUAACGAUAUUUGUUUGCUAUUGCUUACACAGCAAAACUCAUCUCUGUUGAAAUUUUCAUGGUGCACAUUUCAAUCGCUGUAAAUAGGGGUGUUAUUGUUAGGUGAAGAAAUAGAGAAAGAAAAUUCCAUUCACAAUGUCAACGGCCACGGCAAGUCGACUGGACAAAAUCUAUCGAAGGAUGCUGAUAACGCGAUUCUUUGAGAAAGGUUGGGGAAAAGCAGAAAAUCUGCGAAGAUUGUUCGAAUUCCGAAAGUUUGUAUCAAAUCGUGACACAUGCUACAAUCUCAUUCCGAGAGACUAUCCAGUUCAAAUAACUCGGGAGGAAAAAACUUCAGAAUGUUUGCUGAUUGAUGGUGAAUUUUUGUCGCCAAUGGAACUAUUUCUGCCGGGCGUUGUACCUCCCGAAUCUCGCAAAUCAAAUUUUCAACUCGUGUUACCACUCAAAUGGAAAAAUGAAAAGUACAAGCCAGUUUGUGUACAUUUUGCUGGUACCGGAGAUCACUUUUUCUGGAGAAGACGAAAUUUUAUGGCCAAACCAUUGCUUCGUGAAGGAGGCAUUGGUGCCAUUCUACUUGAGAAUCCGUUUUACGGUUUGAGAAAGCCGAAAGAUCAAGUUCGAUCAAAUUUGCAGCACGUGUCGGAUAUCUUUGUGAUGGGAGGAUGCCUCAUACUCGAGAGCCUCGUUUUAUUCCAUUUCUGUGAACGAAAUGGAUUGGGCCCACUUGGAGUUAGUGGAUUAUCGAUGGGAGGUCAUAUGGCAUCAUUAGCAGCUACAAACUGGCCGAAACCAUUGGUCGUUGUUCCAUGCUUGUCGUGGUCAACAGCGGCGGCAGUUUUUACUCAGGGCGUAAUGUCUGAGUCGAUAAAUUGGUCUGAGUUGGAGAAUCAAUUCUUUUCGUCAAGUGUAUUUCGGAAGAAGCUGGCGAAAAUGGUGAAUGUUGUGGACGGUUGGGACGAAGCAUUUAUGGCCGGAAGGCGUUUUGUUCAAAAUUACGAUAAUACAAAUUCGAAUUUAGACAAUGACCUCAAAACAAUUGCAAACAAUAUCAGUUACCAAUCGGAUACGCCUGUUUCCACGGCGAAUUGUACGUCCGAUAAAAUUAGCGAGAUUUAUAGACAAAUUGAGGAGUUAAACAAUAAUUCACAUGAGAGUACGAUAGAAGAAGACAAUGUCAUCGAUAUAAUGGCGAGAUUAAAGCUUGAACCCAUUGACACAACCAAAAUUAAGUGGUGGGAACGAGAAGCAUUGCAAUUUAUGCGUGGAAUGAUGGACGAAUGUACACACUUGAAAAACUUCAGCGUGCCGUAUGACACUUCAUUGAUUACAGCGGUGUGUGCAAAAGACGAUGCAUACGUUCCGCGGGAAGGUACAAGCAGUUUGGAAGAUAUCUGGCCAGGUGCAGAAGUCAAGUAUAUUGACGCUGGGCACGUAAGUGCCUACGUUCUCUACCAAAAAUUGAUUCGGUCGAGCAUCAUCGACAAAUUCGAAAAAGCCAAAGAAAAGUAUCAAUACUAUACAAAUCCAAUACCGCCCGACACAACAAUGGAUACACUGCAGAAGCGAUGGCGAUCAUCAAUUACCAUUGAAGCAAUCCAAUCGGUACCAAAUCAAGAAAAUUUAAUUGAAGAUGAAGCCAAUAAACUUGCCUCGUCAAAUACCAACUAAUCGUACAAUUUACCAUUACAUUAACAGUUUCACAUUCUAGUUAAUCGGUCCGAUUAAUUGUUUCUUUUUAUUGUAUAUUAUCGAAGCAAAUGCCUUUAGAAUAGUUGUAACAAAUGAUAAUUGAUUUCGAAAAGUGUUACGCUGAAAUAGAAAAUUGUUCAUAUUUUUUUCGUAUUUAAAUAAAAGAGUCUGAUUUAAGUAUUUCCACUUAA